CGAAUACAUUACUGAGUAAGCAUGCUGUGUGUGUAACCAACUAGUUAAGUGGCAUUUCGUAUUGAUAGUAAAGACGUGAUUUUGGUGGAUUGCCCUCUAUCGUCGGCCGUACUUCUUGCUUCCAAUCUUUCUACUCGCUCUCGUUUCUCCCUGAAUACAUGACUCUCAUUCAUCCCGCACGCAUACCUGUAUAGCUCCUCAACGCCUCACACAGAAUCAAUUCAACGAGCAUGUCUCAGGGUCCUUCCAUUAAGAAUGUUGGUGUGAUCGGCACCGGCGUUAUCGGCUCCAGCUGGAUCGCCCUCUUCCUCGCCAGGGGUCUCAGCGUUACUGUUACAGACCCCGCUCCGGGCGCGCGCGAGAAAUUAGCGGCGUAUUUGGAAAAGGAAUGGCCCUCAUUGAUUCAGAUUGGACUCAGUCAAGGCGCGUCGCUUGCGAACUACAAAUUUGUCGAUUCCAUUGACAAUUAUCUGGAGGAAUUUGACUUUGUGCAAGAGAACGCACCAGAACGGCUAGACAUCAAGCGUGAACUUUUUGCCCAUUUAGAUGCCCACACCCGCAAAGAUGCGAUUAUCGCCUCUUCAUCAUCAGGCAUUCCCUCGUCACAAUUUGUAACGGAGUGCAAGCACAAUCCAGCUCGCAUCCUGAUCGGCCACCCUUUCAAUCCUCCGCAUUUAGUUCCACUGGUUGAAGUAGUCCCUCAUCCGGGAACGGCUGAGCUAUACACCAAGCAGGCCGUAGAAUUCUACCGAUGGUUAGGCAAGAGUCCGAUCCUAGUAAAGCAGGAAACACCUGGUUUCAUCGCCAACAGACUGCAAGCAGCUGUGAUGAGUGAAGCCUACAGCCUGGUAAAUCGGGGUAUAGUUUCAGCCGAAGACUUGGGUAUGUUAUCCGUUUAUUCUAGCCUUCAUGAAAGAUGCUAAGUUUUUCUAUCGGUAGACAUGGCCAUGUCCUCUGGUCCGGGGCUCCGAUGGGCUCUGAUAGGACCAUUUAUGAAUAAUGCUCUCGGUGGAGGGGGCGAUUUCAAGCAUUUCCUCGAUCACAUCGGACCCGCGGCUAGCGGGUGGCUGGAAGAUAUGAAUGAGCAUCGGUUCGAGUUCACGACGGAAAACAUGGGUCAGCUUGCCGAGAAUGUCGAGGCCUGGACCAAGACUGUUGAUAUGAAGUCUGUCGAGAAGGAGCGAGAUCAGUAUCUGGUAGAUUUGGUCAAGUCCAAGGCAGAAUCAAGGCAUCUGAAGUAGCCUUCCUUGAAUGUAAAAAGUUAGCCGAGCAAGACAAUAUGAAAAACAUAUCGAAAUUUUCAUUCACUAUCUCAGUCAAGGUGUUUCAAAACAUCAGAGAUAUAUUCUAUCCAUCAAAACUGAAUUUAAAAAGGGGAUUUCCCUGGAAGGUGACAUUCAGCUUCCCCUCAGCGCAUAACUGAAGUAUCUGAUAGGUUGGUGCUAACCCUAACCCUAACCAUGGUUGCCUUCACCAGAGACGACCAGGGAGCAAAUAUUCAAGUCUAAGGACACGCGCAGAUGCCUGUCCAUCGCUUCAUUUU